GUGCGCUGACGGACGUGCCCGAAGCGCCGCAGCCGCCCGCAGCCGAGCCGGGCCGCGCCCGCCCGCUCGCCCCCCGCCAUGGUGGCAUGGAUCAUCUCCAGGCUGGUGGUGCUGAUAUUUGGCACCCUUUACCCUGCGUAUUAUUCCUAUAAGGCCGUGAAAUCAAAGGACAUUAAAGAAUAUGUCAAAUGGAUGAUGUACUGGAUUAUAUUUGCACUUUUCACCACAGCAGAGACAUUCACCGACAUCUUCCUUUGUUGGUUUCCAUUCUAUUAUGAACUAAAAAUAGCAUUUGUAGCCUGGUUGCUGUCUCCUUACACAAAAGGCUCCAGCCUCCUCUACAGGAAGUUUGUACAUCCCACGCUGUCUUCAAAAGAAAAGGAAAUCGAUGAUUGCCUGGUCCAAGCAAAAGACCGAAGUUACGACGCCCUUGUGCACUUCGGGAAGCGAGGCUUGAAUGUGGCCGCCACGGCGGCAGUGAUGGCUGCUUCCAAGGUGGCUCGACUCUUUCCUUUUGUCUCCUCUUUGGACCUCAGAGAAGGGCAGGUAACCCCGUGGAGAGGUGUGACUAACUCCAAACUGAUCCAGUCGGGGAGAGAGGCCAGCAGCUGCCUCUGCCCACCAGCCGCAGGCGGUCUGGAUCCGAGCCCGGUGUGUCUCCUGCCGACACCCGUGUGUGGACAGGGUGCCUUAUCGGAGAGACUCCGGAGCUUCAGCAUGCAGGACCUCAGCACCAUCAGGGGAGACGGCACCCCAGCUCCCUCAGGUCCCCCCGCACCGGGGCCUGGGCGGGCCAGCGGCAAACACAGCCAGCCCAAGAUGUCCCGGAGUGCUUCUGAGAGCGCUGGCAGCUCAGUGUGUUCCUGCUGCUCCGUCUGCAGGACCCGGAAAGUGGUUGAGGGAGAUGUGAAUGAGGGUGGUGUGAAGGCCUGGGAGCCCCACCAGGUCCACAACCCCUUGGCGUUUUCUGACGAGGAGGAGGAAGACCUGCUGGAUUUCAUGUACAAGUUUAAGGAACCUCGAAAGACGGAGUUCCCCGUGGAGGCACCGCCUAGAAUCCUUCGAUCUCGCUUCAGGAAGAAAAGUACCUCAUCCUCGGCCACUGAAACCACGGUGAUGGUCCAUUCGCUUCAGCCAGUCAGUCAGUAUACCAGAGACGUUCAGAAUGAAGAGAGACAAUAUUUUAGUGACAGAGUAUCCAGGGCUCUGACUGGUUUCCCCAGGGAGAGGAGCCUAUCGUCGGAGCGCCCUGUUUUAGAGAAAGCUAAGCGAAACCCAACCGAUCCACUCAAACACACCUAGAACUGCGCUUUGUUGCAGAUAGGCCGUGAAGUGAUUCUGAGACAUCUGGGGAACGAUCCACAUGCUGGGUUCUCGAAAGGUCCCUAGAGGUUGAGCUCUUCACGGACGUGGCCUGCUGCUCCACGGGGCAGCUGUGGCUCGCACCCCCUGUUCCCUACCUGGCUUGUGCAGAAUGUGGACGAGAAAGAAGUGGUAUGCUCGUGGGCACUCCGAUUUUACCCAAGUCUGGAUCACUUAGUUAGAGAACAAGUAUCUUCUUAGUAUCUGAGGAGACUCCCUUCUUAGGUUGAGAAUUUUAUGUGGAAAGAAGAAUCUGGCUUCAAUAGCAUUUUGGUCUGAGGCAGCUGCUCUCCGCUGGGAGAGCUGAGCCUAAACGUAGGACUCGUAUACUUGUGCUUAGAGUUGGUGUUUCCGUUCAGUGUGAUGCAUGCCGUGGCCACAACCCAGUUACUUAUAAUCCGUGGAUUGUCUUUGUUCAUAGAUAAGCCCCGAACACGAGAGAAUUAGUGUUAUGUACCACAGAGAACUUCCCCUCAAUCAGCUGUGGACAGGCCCAGUUAAAGACUGUUCCCUGACUGAGCUACGUGAACGUACAUCAGUUUUUGCUGAUGACACACUGGCUGGAUCUUUGCCGCCUCGGAAAGGGUUUUACUUGAUUGUUACCAGAUAUGCGUAUUUAAAUCCCUUCUCCCCACGAUGCCUCUGAAGGUGACUUUGUAAUUUACAAAAGGAUUUAGGGAAAUAAACCUAAAGGCAAAUUUGCAGUUCAGAGGGCAAAUAGAGGCUGCCUAUUCAUUGUCUGUGUCCCCCACUCACCAAUACCUAACCUGCCCCCACAUCCCUGACCCAGGGAGGACAGAAACCUUGUUUUCUUCAAGCUCACUGAAUAGUUUCAGACAGAGGGAAAAUAUAUGCUUUAAAAUGUAUUUACUUGUUACUGGGAGUACCCAGAAUUAUCAGAAACAAAUGCAAAAAAAGCUUAACUUAAGCAGCUUUUUAAUAACCUUUUUUUUUCUUUUUGCCAAAAUAAUCAAUGCCUUUAGCAGCAGAGAUUCAAAUCCUAUUGUGAACAAGCUAUAUUUUCACCAUUUUACAAUGGAGACUCUUCACAAGUACGGGCUAUUAAGUUUGCACUCAACUAUGCCAAAAACAAGCUCAAAGCACUCUACUCUCAGACGCGCUGUAUUACGUCUCACUUAAGAUUUAAAAAUAUAAAGGUAUCCAAACUGCUGUCUUAAUGUAACUAUUUCUCCUUCCAGUGUUGGUUAGGGAGUUCAGUUUUCUCUCUUAAAAACACUCACUGUACAACUGAGAGCAGCUGUCAUUAUUUCUGGCAAAACGUGUUUACUUAUGCAACAAGCUGUGUAUUUGUGUGUGGACGGACGUAAAAUGUGAAUGCCUCGAAGUGUACAUGUAGUGGCGUGGCGUUCUGUCUAGAGGAUCAGACUGAAUGUUUUAAAUUUGCCCGUUUACGGACACAGGCUGUUUACAAACUGCUGGCUGGAAAGUCUAAUUUUCACGUGGCCACUUUCAGUUCUUCGCCGUUGAGCACCCGUCCUGCGUCGGAGGCGAUGAGAUGUGGAGGUGGACUUAGAAACUGGAGAGUUAGGCAUACUCCCUCCUGGCUGUGUGAAUAGCUUGCUCACUUCACUGGCCUCUGAAACGUGUGUUCUCUGUAGUAAACUGUCCAUGUGUUCGUGAUAACAGUGCUUGUCAACCACGACCAGCCUCGAGUUCCUUCCCAGUUGUACGUCCUGGACCGUGACUGUGCCUGUUUCCCCUUUGUUUAUUUCUGUAAUCCCUAUAGAACGACCUGUAAUAAAAUAGUAUACUGGUCUGUGCAUUAAAGGGUUGGUUGUAAAGUUACAGUAUUCCAAAGGUUGAAGUUCUGCUGUUUUGUUACAAUGCCUGAUAUAUAUCUUGAAUAAAGUCUUAACAUUUUUCUUUUAAAA